ACGAAACUUGUAACAGGAAAGCAAACAAAGAGUUCUGCUGGGACGGACAAUCAAUGGGAGGAAGUUCCGCACGGAUUCGACUCUUACAGCCCUCUGAGUGCGAGGUUUCGUUCCGAGAAGGUGUCGCCCCUGAGAGACUGAAAUCGGAUUCGCCCACGAAUGCAGCAACCAAUCGAUAGGAUGCGAGGCGAGUCCCGUGUGAAGGUGAACCGCAGUGUAGAUGAAACCGGAUCGAACACUAGGGUUCAACUCUUUUAAAAUCGGUCGAAUAAUUCAUAUAAUUAUACGAAUUCGGAACAACGCAAGAAGGAAACUUCUCAAACUGAUAAAGAUAAAAAGAAUUUCGAUGACUAAGUUUAGUUCUUGUUUCGAAAUGUAAAAUAAUGUUCCAUUGCGCGCCUCGAAAAUGAGCUCCUCUGCGCUGACAAUCGCGGCAGCUGAUCGAGGGUUUACUUGGUCCGACGAGGAAACGUCAAUUCUUCUUCAGCUAUGGAGUAAUGUUCAUGCGCAGACGAAUGUUUCAAAUGGUAAUAAAAAAGGCAUUAACAUAUUUGAAAAAGUCUCUGAAGGAAUGAACAGUAUGGGUUUUUUACGAACGACUUCUCAAUGUAAGGAAAAAAUUAAAAGAAUGAAAAGAGAGUACACGGUGUCGAAACAGAGGAAUCAAAGUGGUCGGAAUAAAAAGGCAAUGAGAUUUUUUGAAUUAUUCGAACAAAUUCUCGAAACAAUUCAAUUGAAAAAUUCCGAAAGUACAAUAGAAAAGUCAACUUGUCCCGAUAAAGAGUUAGAGGUUAAAAAUAGGAACAUUUAUCUAAAAAAAACCACUUUAAAAAAUGAUAAACCACAACCACAGCCAAGGAGUUUGCGGAAAAGAAGUCUACCUGUUGAAGUGGAAGACAUUCCUAAUCCUUGGUCACCUGAUGUAGUUAUAAUCGAAGAAAUUCCUCCCGUGUCAUCAACUUCGAAAUCAGAAUCAUUCAAGUUUGAAAAUGGUGAACCAUCUAAGAAAAAGCAAACCCUAGAUAGUUCCUGCUCAAGCUUAUCUUUUUUUAAAACUAUGAUGAACUCUCUUUCUUUAAAAUUCAUGAAAUAUCAAACAGAAUCAGAAGAAAAAAUGUUGAGGGAACUAGAAGAGCUUGAAAAUGAGCGGGCAGCUAUGGAUGAACGCAUCCAAAAAAUGUGGGUGGACUUUGAAGAGAGAAGAAAGAUUGAUGAAAGAGAACAUGAGCUUAAAAUAACGUCAUCAUUACAAGAAAUCAUGAACCCAAAAAAUUUAGAAACAGAACAAAAAUAAUGUGUAUAACCCUUUAUAAAAAUAUUUUAUUGUAAAAAUGUAAAUAACUUAUAUUUAAAAAAAAUUUUGUGCAAAUUUUAUAAUAAAG